CUUCUCCGCACACUGACCGUUUCUCUUUGCUCCACCCCCAGCUUUUGCCCUAAAAAAUCCGAAGAAAAAAGUUUGCCCCGCGUUUCCACCCUCUACACCCUCAAACAGGUGUUCAUCAACUCUGUUCACUUACCCCCUUCCUUUGCCUUCUCGAGAGCAUUUUUAUUUUCACGAACAACCGGAGAUUAAUAACAAAGCCGUCGUUGUUCAUGAAUCUUUCCCCCACAAAAAAUUCACCAUCGAUUCGCUCUCGGCUUAUACGGCCUUUGAAAAAGACCAGACGGGCUUCUAACAUACGCUCCAUCACUUAAAAAUCUGUUCUCCAGGCAACCUCAAAAUCAAGGAGAAAUUUUUUUCCAUUUGUUUUUUGUCGCCAAACAAAAGGGAAUCCUCUCCACGACUAGCCUAUCAGAUCCGGUCCAGUUCAUGCUGUUUUUUCUCGCCGCUCUUGCUUUAGAAUCAUCAACCACCACGCAAACUUCGUCCAGUCAAUAAGCUCCGAUAAACCGCAAUCAUGGCUACCAUCAAUGUCCGUCGCGAUGUUACUGAUCCCUUCUACCGUUAUAAGAUGGAACGUCUUCAGUCCAAGAUUGAAGGGAAGGGCAAUGGUAUCAAAUCGGUCAUUGUCAACCUUAGUAGUGUUGCUCAUUCCCUGAGUCGUGAUCCUGCAUAUGUUGUCAAAUUCUUCGGAUUCGAGCUGGGUGCCCAAGUCACUGCCAACCCUACUGACGAUCGAUAUAUCAUCAAUGGUGCCCAUGACGCAGGCAAACUUCAGGGUUAUCUUGAUACCUUUAUUUCUAAGUUUGUGCUUUGCAAGAAGUGCAAGAAUCCUGAGACCGAUCUGAUUGUUCAGAAGGAUGGGACUAUUCUUCGCGAUUGCAAAGCCUGUGGUCAACGCACCGAUGUUGAUGCUCGUCACAAACUUUCCUCUUUCAUCACCAAGAACCCACCAAAGAGGGAAAAGAAGGCCAGAGUCUCUAAAAAGAGUGGCAAGAAGAACGGCGAUGCCGAGAAUGGCAACUCCCCUAAGGACAGUGGCUCUGAAGAUAUGAAUGGAGAGGCCGACGGCGGUUCUGAUGACGAACUCACCCGCCUUGACAUGUCAGAGGAAGCCAUCAAGGCCCGUGCCCAGAGCCUUCCCGAUGAUUUGAAGCGCUCUUUGGUCAUCGAGGGCGACGACGAAGCUGCCGGUGGUGACAAUCCCUUCGAUCAACUCGGAUCUUGGAUUGUGGCACAAAAAGCUGAGAACAAUGGCGAAGUGGACGACGUGGAGAUUUAUAAGAAGGCCCAAGCACUUGGCAUUGAGUUGAACCAUCGUACUCUUCAAGUACUUGCUCAAACUCUCUUCGACGAGAAUAUCAUCAAGAAGAACCAGGUCAAGGUUCACGCUGGUCUUCUCAAGAAGAUGAUAACUUCCGAACGCCAUGAAAAAGCGUUCUUGGGAGGAACAGAGCGUUUCGUGGGCAACGACCAUCCAGAGCUUAUUUCAGCUAUCCCUACCCUUCUUAUGGCAUACUACGAAAACGAUCUUGCCUCGGAGGAUACUAUCACCAAAUGGGGUAGCAGGGCCAGCCAGAAGUACGUCGAUGUUCAGACGAGCAAGAAGGUUCGCAAGGCAGCAGCGCCAUUCCUCACUUGGCUUCAAGAGGCAGAUGAAGAUGGUAGUGACGAUGAUGAGGACGAUGAUGAGUAGGAGUGCGGCUUACGAGUCGCAUAAGUAUCGGCUUAUGUUGCUGCCUGGGGCUAACGCCAAGUUUGCAUGUUAUGAUUGUUUCAACUUUAGUUAUUUUUCCUGUUUUCUUUCCUGCCAACGGCAUAUCAAUGCCAGUGUUACUUUACGUGUUUUGAAAUUCAGGGUUAUGUAACGAAAGCAAAAUUGCAAGUGGAAAUUUUACGACCGCUAAA